AUGGACAAACUGGAAAAGCUGCGCCCAGCAGGCCGGCUGGAACAAUGCUCGACUGCGCGCCACGCUCUCGGGUUCUACAACAAUGUGGCUGUCACAGCCAGCUACUCACUCCCAGAGUCCUAUACACUCUCGGUGAAAGAUUAUGUGUAUAAAGUCUGUGAGAUACUCAUCGGCCAACAUCCCAUUCUGUCAGCCAUUCCCGUUGGCGAGGAUACCAAAGAGCCGUAUUUCGCGCGUCUCCCCGAGGUCGACCUGAGCACACCAGUCAGCUUCCAGGCGCGCACUGGGCCUUUCCCUGGUCCGGACGAGGCAGAUAGCGAGCUGGACGCUGUUUUACAAGCGCAACAUAAUACACCUUUCGAAGCUCCAUCGCCGCAUUGGAGACUCCAUGUAUUAACCCAUCCCGCCGAGAACCGGCGCUUCACGGCUGCCUUUGUAUUCCACCAUGCCAUCGGCGACGGCACCUCUGGGAAGGCCUUCCAUCGGACUUUCCUACAGGCACUGCAUUCCAUUGCAUCGCUGCCUCCCGGCGAGGCCCAACAGCUGAUCCGCUCACCACAAUCGCCACUACUUCCGAACAUGGAAGAGCUACACCCUCUCCCCCUAUCCAUCCCCUUCCUCGCAGGCGCUCUCUUCCGCGAAAAGAUCUGGUCAUCCACCGACCCCGGUCUAUGGGCGGGCUCAGAAGUCCGCCUACCGCUGGAGACAAACGUGCGGCACGUAGUGAUCCCGAAGGCAGUAGCCAGCUCCUUCAGAGACAGCUGUCGGCAGAACGACACGACAAUCACCGCCGCGCUGCAGACACUUAUCGCGCGUGCUAUUCUCACUCACGCCCCCGAGCAUUUCACCAGCGUGCACUUCUCCGGCGCCAUGUCCACCCGGCGAUGGAUGCCCGAUAGUAUCACCGACGACUCCAUCGGCGUCUGGGUCCAGGAUUACAGCGAAGACUACACCCGCAAGGCCGUCACUUCGGAGACCUUCCCGUGGGCCGAGGCCAGACGCUCUCGGGAGACGAUCGAGAAGGUGCUCCAGCUCAAGGGCAAGAACGCGGGCCCGAACCUCCUCAAGUACGUGGGUGACUUCCACGAAGAGCUCUACCGGUCGAAGGUGGGGAAGCCGCGGAAGGCCUCGUUCGAGGUGUCGAAUAUUGGGGCGUUGGGGGUUGGAGAGCAGGAGGCGGAGCGCCCGCAGAUUGGCCGCUUGGUCUUCUCUCAGAGUGCUAGUGUUACUGGGAGUGCUAUCGAGGUGUCUGUUGCUAGUGGGGGUGAUGGGUGCUUGGUGUUGGCUUUUACCUGGCAGACGGAUGUUGUAGACGCUACAUUGAUGGCUUCUGUUAUAGAGCAGGCUACGAGGGAGGUGCAUGGCGUUUGCACUCUGUGAUAUGAAUAUACUAGUGGUGGUGGUGUAUAUAGAGGUGGCUUUCAG